AUCCAAGAAUCUAAACUCAUGUAAUCCCGCGUCCAAGUACUCAAACCCGGUCAGCAACUGAUUCCCCUGCGCGGGAUGCACUUCACUUCACUUCACUUCACUUCACUACAUAUAACCUGGACAUAGGUAUGACAAAGAAAAUCCAAAAAAAGGGGCGAAAAUGAGUGUUCAAUUUUCUCCAAUUUAGUAACUAGAACCUUAAUAAUCUCUUAUGUUUUCCUCUUUCUCUAAAAUUUGCCUUUUACCGAUUCUUUUUUAGGCCUUUUCCGAUAUUUUGGUAUUGUCUUUUAAAUUACUUCAGAUUAGGUCAAAUUCGGCACAAUUCUCUCGUAAAAUCUGAACGUUUUGCGAUUUUGCCCGAAACCUUUUUAUCAGGAUGCCUGAGAUGAUGAGUAGAAUGUCAGAUAAAGAUAGAAGCAGAAUUGCGGAAAAAUUGUCUGAAUUCCUACUGUUAAUGGGGUACAAUGAUGAUUUUCAAGCUGUAAUAGCAAACGAAUUAAAUCGUCAGAUAUGGAUGAGUUCAGAAAUUUUAGGUAGAAAACAAUGCAGGGAACUGUUGUAUUUAUUGUACAUGGCUGAUAGUGCAACCUUGCUGUCGUUUACGGUUGUGUUGGGGAGAUUCAUAUGGGACAAUCAUUUGAGGGCAAAGAGGAGGGCUCUCAAAAGGAAGCUUUUGGAGAAGAUUAAACAACAAGAGCUAGGUAGAGAGAACAGGAAGACACGAGGAGGGGUGCGUCUUGCUGUGAUGGCAAGCAAGGGAGGAAAUUUUUGGACUAUUAAACAAUGCAAAACAAUUCCAGGGUUUUUGUGGGCUAAGUUAGCUUUUCAUUUGAAGCCGAGGUUUAUGUAUAGCAUGGUGAGGCAUAGGACUGUAAAGCGUAAAGUAGAGGUUGGUAGUCGUGUAUAUAGGCUUGCUCUUGCUAUGCGUUUUCUGUCAUUUCGAAAUAUUCGUGUUACAUCCGAGUGGGAGUUUUGGGCUGUUUGUCUUGUUCAGCAAGUGUUUGGCUUUUGGAAGAGUAUUGCUAUUGGAGGAGGGUUGAGUGAUUUUUUUACAAAUGUGGCUCAUCAGUUUGGGUUGUAUGUGGUUUCGUGUGACAUUUUGGAGCGCCUUCAGAGUGGCUUCCGUUGCUCCUCCGCUACUCGUUAUCCUGGGUAUGGAAGAUAAUAUCCUUUGGCAAGAGAUUUGAACUUAUGAAGGUUGCUUGCUGAUGUGAUUGUAAAGGGGCUUCUACUGGGUUGCAUAUUCAUGUUUUGGGUCUGAUCUGACUGAAUAAGCUGAAGUAUGAAGACGUAUGGCUUUUCAUUUUGAGGAUGCCGUAUUUUAUGGCAUAUACCCUGUGCUGUCUUUAUUAGAUUUUACUGAUGUAUAUAUAAAACACAGGAACGAAUAACAUGCAUAGGAAAAGUUUAGAUGUGAAUUUGUGAAUGUAUUCAUAUUAUUCAGUCUGAAUUGUUACACACGGUAUGAUAUCCAAAAUGAUUUAUCAAAAUGUAACAUGUUAUGUGGAUACAUCUGGAUCAAUAUAAAUUACGCCGGUAAGUACAUGCUCUCGGUAGAAUCUGCAGAUUGUGAUGCCAAUAUCAGUAUCUUUCUCUGUAUUGGAUCAAGAUAAAUUAUAAUCAUUAUCAGUAUCAUUUUGAGGGAUUGUCUAUUUUGCUU